AUGGCUGAAGCACUGGGCGUUGUCGCGAGCGUGAUCGCAGUCAUCCAGAUCUCCAAAGAAGUAAUCAGCACUUGCAAAUUCUACAUCGAAGCACUCCGUUCCGAUGCGCCUACCAGCUUGCGCACCCUUUUAAUCGAAGUAUCUACACUCAAGUCCGUCCUGGAAAACCUAGAGUUCAUUUCAAAAUGCGAGACCUUCACACCCGCCGUGCAAAAUCGACUAACAGCUUCUGAUGGUCCUAUCGAAGGGUGUAGGGCUGCGAUGAAAGCACUGGAGAAGCUGCUUCCGAAACAAUCUCUUCGGAAUGGGCAGAACACUUCAAAGCGGCAGAAAGUCCAAGCAACAUUUGCAACAUUGGCAUGGCCUCUGAAGCAGGGCCAAGUCCAGGAUCUUCUCCAGCAGAUCAGCCGUCAUAGAGAGGGUAUCCAGCUAGCGCUAACGACAGAGGUUACGAAAGAUAUUAAAGACAUCAAAGCUGCCUCAGAAGAGAUCCGCUCCAUUUUGACAGAGGAGCAACGCCAUAGAGUGUACAACUGGCUGACAACUACUGAUCCCUCACCAAUUCAUAAUCGAUCGCACAAACUAUAUGAAGACGGAACCGGGAGUUGGAUGCUUCGCUCACAAGAGUGGACCGACUGGUUAGGUUCAAGUGUCCGAUGCCUUUGGGUCCACGGUAUUCCGGGUUCCGGCAAGACCAUCCUGGCAUCAUGGCUAAUCGAAAGCGUCCAAGAUCAUUGCGAGAUGGUGUCGAAAAUUGAUGCGCCUUGUACGAGCGCCUACUACUACUGUUACUUUGGCCACCAUCAAGAUGAGGCAGCGCCAUUUUUAAGAUGGACCAUUACUCAGCUUUCCCGCCAUGCAGAAGUCGUUUCUACUUUGAUGCACGAUCUCUUCAGACGCGGUGGGGAACCAAGCAUCCCAGAACUACUUGACGUGCUGGAACAAAUUCUUCAGGUUUUCAGCUGCGUAUAUAUCGUGAUCGACGCUGUCGACGAGAGCGACCCUCGUGACGAACUCCUCGAGGUCAUUGAUACCAUCGUCAAUGAUCGAAGGUUCAGUAAUCUUCAGAUUCUUGUCACCAGUCGCGAGUAUAUUGAUAUCGAACGAGUGAUGGAGAAAGUGUCUGUGUCCGUCCCAAUGUUAAAUGAACUGGUUGAACAGGAUAUUCGUCUAUAUGUUCACUCAAUCCUACGAUCAAACCCGAAGUUCCGAUGCUGGCCUGAUGAUCUCCUCAUUGAGGUUGAAGACGCUGUCAGUACGAAGGCAAAGGGAAUGUAA